AUGUCCAGGACGGAUAAUGCAUCGUGUUCCGAGAGAUAUAUAUUAAUGCGACAAAACUCCCGAGACAGCCUCAUAUCCAAGCCAUCGAGCGCUAGCUCUGCUCAUUGCGAACCCCCGCUCGAGCUCAUCGCAAGACGCUGCACCAUUGCGCACAAGCUGGACCGAUAG